GCAGUAAGCAGCGGCGAAGAUAUCUAAAACCUCGAAGAAGAGAAGGCACCCGAGAGAAAAGGCCGGAAAAUAAUAAUUAUAAUAUUAAAAAAAGAGAUUAGUUUGUAGUUCUUGUAAGCUGCCGGAGUAACGCUUCAGUUUGACUUUAACCAUUUCUCCUGUCGCGGGUUUAAUGCCAUCCUCCAAAGCUGGCUCCCACAGCGCAUUAUGACUGAGCAUUCUUCUGGACGUACCCAUCCACAGAUGGCCUCUGCACUCCAUCUAACUGUAAGACUUCAGACGGGGCAAAAGGAUGAUGAGCAAGAACCAGUGGAGGAAAUUGGAGGUUUAAUCAACUCGGAUGGAGAGAUGAAGGAAUGGGAUGGAAGAGCCAUUUCUGACCAAGAGUCUGAUUGUACUGAAGUCUCUCAAUCUGAGAAGGAAGUCAUUCUGGAUGAUUCUGAACUGAAAGACAAAAACCAGAGGGACAGCAGUAGUCCAGGACUUAUCAUGGAAGUUAUAGAAGAUGAUGAGGAAGACAAGGAACGGAAAUGGGAAGAAGGAGUAAUAAAGACGACAAAGAUCUCACCUUUACAUCCUUCAAGAACACGACGGAGACGACUAAAAAAGGUUAGGCUGCAGUCUUUGGAAAACCCAAAAAAAGGAGAGCAUGUCCCGUUUAGCACUGGAAGAAGACUCAGGAGACAGCCUUCCUGCUCUCCACUGCUGUGUGGGGAGGACUCUGAGACAAAUGAAGGAGUAUCAAGGAGAAGCAGAAGAAGAAGAAAUAUUUGCAACUAUGCAGAACCAGAGAAAAUAAAUUCAGAAACAAUCCCCUGUGUUACUGCAAAACGACCUUUACGGAAGAAAGGACCCAAACCGUCUGCUGAGGUAGAAAAGAAAAGUGUUUCAACAGGGAAGCGUGGUCCUCGGAGAAAGAUUUUCAGUGGACCAAUAGAAAUCCCUCCUGAGCUCCUGAAACAACCCAAGGAGAAAAUUGAGUACCGCUGUUCUGUUUGUGGCAAAGAAUUUCCCCAUGCGUACAAACUAGAGCGACACGAGCUUAUCCACACGGGGGAAAAACCCUACUGCUGCUCCAUUUGUGGUCGGGGCUUUAAUCAGAAAGGGAAUCUCAAAACGCACUUCAAAGUCCACCUUGGUCAAAAAGAUGCUGCAGACUUAGAAGACGAGGUGAAUCCAACCCCAUCUGAUCUUUCUGAAUAUUUGAAGUCCCUGCCAGGGGAAUCUAAAAUCCGGUCGUCCCUGCACUGUCUAGAGUGUGGGAAAGACUGCGAAAGCCAGUCGGCUUUACAGGCCCAUCACGUCACUUCACACCGCGAGGCAACAGCUGGAUCGGAACCAGCCGAACACAGCGUGUCACAGUUUCUCUUCUGCCGCCGUUGCGGCAUUCAGUUUGAAGACAAAGAGAAGAUGGGAGAGCAUAUGAAAACACACAUCAAGGAGAAGCGCUACUCAUGCCCGGACUGCGGCAAGAGGUUCAUCAAUGAGAGCUACAUACAAAUUCACCAGCGCAUCCAUACGGGUGAGCAACCUUUCCUCUGCUCGCUCUGUGGCAGAGGUUUCCACACAGCUUCCUCCCUCAAACUUCACGAGAUGCAGCACUCCGGGGAGAGGCCUUAUGCCUGUUCCAUCUGCGGAAAGACGUUUCAGAUCAACUCCUACCUAAAUGCACACUACCAGACCCACAUUAAGGACAGGCCGUUCAUCUGCAGCGUCUGUGGGAAAGGCUACUCCAGAGCCGAGGAACUGAAGGUCCACCACAGGCUCCACACUGGAGAGAGACCCUACAAGUGUGGGCAGUGUGAAAAGAGUUUCAUCUACAGGCAGGGUCUGCGGCAACACCAGCGGACGCACGCUGGGCCCCGCAUUGGGCCAACCAAGCAACUUGGCAGACCCAAACAACAGAACAAGAUGGAAAGAGUAAAUGCCAUCUCAGGCAUUGUCCCUGCCAAGGCUCCCUCUAAGAAGCUGAUUCAGAGUGAGAGGGAAAAGCUGCCAUCCCUCCACCGCUGCUCAGUAUGUGGAAAAGACUUCCCUUAUGCCUCUAAGCUUCAGCGGCAUCUGCGUACUCACUCAGGAGAAAGGCCUUUCCCCUGCCCCAUGUGUGCCAAGAGAUUUCCAGAAAAGGGGCUCCUUAUGAUUCACCAAAGGAUCCACACAGGUGAGAAGCCGUUCCCAUGUACAUUCUGCGAGAAGCGCUUCGCCAGUCAGGGGGAGCUGCGGCUUCACCGCCGCACACACACGGGUGAGAGGCCCUAUCACUGCUCCAUCUGUUUGAAGAGUUUCUCUCGACACUGGCACCUGAAAACACACCUGGAGGCAAUGCACUGCGAGGUUGUCGCAGGCUUUACCAGGAAGAAGUUUCCAUGUUCGGCCUGUGAAAAAAGCUGCAACUCGGCAGCUGAGCUGAGGGACCAUCAGCGGACUCACACCGGAGAAAGGCCCUUCCAGUGCUCGUUCUGUGACAAACGAUUCGCCUUGUCGGGAACGCUUGUGAGACACGAGCGUCUUCAUACUGGUAUUACCCCCUACCACUGCUCCGACUGUGGCAAGACCUUCGCCCAGCAGUGGACGCUUACGACGCACAUGAGGACCCACAGGGGAGAAAAACCAUACAGCUGCACUCAGUGUGAUAAAUCGUUUGUUGCUCCCGGGGAGCUUCGGCGGCACACGAGGAUCCACACUGGGGAAAAGCCGUACACCUGCAGCGACUGUGGUCGGCAUUUCUCCUUGGCAGGAACUCUGAGAAAUCACAAACGGUCGUGUUUGCAGAGCAAGAGCGACUCUAUUACCAACGUCACGUCGGGUGUGACUCAAGCUGCCACAGACGAGUCAUCUCAGGAGGGAAAGACCAGCUGCAUUAGCUCUGAGGUACAUCAAAGUUCAACCCAUCCGGAAGCAGCUGAGCCGCUCUCCUCACAGCCUCCUAACUGCACCACAUCUCCUCAGCCAGAAGUUAUUCUAAAGGAAGCAGAAGACCCUUCAGAGAACCGCAUUCCCUCUCCACACAUGAAUGUAAUAGUAAAGGAGGAGGAAGAAGAGGAACCCUUAUACGAGGAAACAACAGACCAGACAUUGGAUGGAGAGAGCUGCGAGAUUCCAGAGGAAAAUAAAGAGGAGCAUCAGCAAAGCAACACAGAGAUUAGGAUUACAGUGAAGGAUGAAGAGGAGGGGCCAUUAAAUGAAAAUCCUGAAGCCGACAAACCCGGUGCAAAACGUGGGCUUCAAACACCGCCUGCUGAAAAACGAAGUAGAAACAAUUCAACGAAGGGUUCCUACUGCUGUGGGCUCUGCGGAAGAGACUGCCACAAGAUGUCCGCGCUUCAGAUCCACAUGCGAAUCCACUCGGGAGAAAAACCUUACCAGUGCUCGCUGUGUGGAAAAGGGUUUACUCAGAAAGGUCAACUGAAAGGUCACUUUAAAGUCCACACAGGUGAAAAGCCAUAUACCUGCCCAGAUUGCGGCAAGAGCUUUGCCCACUCGGGAGCCAUGAACAGACACAGGCUCAUCCACACGGGCGAGAAGCCUUACCACUGCUCCUUGUGCUCUCUGAGCUUCAAUCAGUCCGGCCGAUUGAGAGAACAUGAAAAAAUCCAUCUGGGGGAGAAGUAUGACUGUCCUGAGUGUGACAAGAGCUUCACACGUCCUUCAAGUCUGAAAAACCACAUCCGACUGCAUACCGGGGAGAGGCCAUACGGCUGCGAUGUCUGCGGGAGAGGCUUCAGCCGCUCACAGAGCCUCAGGCUCCACAGGAGGAAACACUUUGAGAGCGCAAAAGACUCUCCAACCACUCCAAAGAAUGACGACCUCUAUGAAAGCGAUAAUAACUCUCCAAUUAACAUGUGCAUAACAGAGAAAAAUGACUGAUCUAUUUAUUUAAGCAAAUGUAUACUAGUACUAUUACAAGUCUGUAAAAUGAGAAAGUGGAAAGUAAGGGUUUACCUCUGUGAAUUUGUUGUUACCCGUCCGUGAUAUUUCUAUAUCAAGUGUUAGAAACACAAAUAUUUAUCUCUCUGAAGUAAAAAUAAAACCUUUUUAUUAGAAACACACCUGAGGCAUCUACUACAAAGCAGGAUUAGUGGCUUAUCAUGGUAACUUAAGGCUUAGUUGUUUUUUUGUUGUUGUUUUUUUUAAUAAUAACAAACCUCAGCUUUUACUUUGGUUCAUCAAUGUGGGACAUUUUAUCCUGAAGACGGUAAAAAAUUCCAGAUUAAAGGUCCACAUAUCUGGACGCAUCAGCUCUGAUCUGCUCUCAUCCUUUAGAAAAAUGUAAUAAAAAAGGAAAAGUUUAGCA